CCUUUUUAGUAGCCAUCUAACACCAUGAGCAGCAAAAUUCAGGUUUCGGCCGUCCGCGAGAGCGUUCGCCAGGUCAAGCAGCAGUCCGAGGAGAAGAAGCGUAACUUCGUCGAGACUGUCGAGCUCCAGAUUGGUCUCAAGAACUACGAUCCCCAGCGUGACAAGCGUUUCUCUGGCUCUGUCCGUCUCCCCAACAUCCCCCGCCCCAAGAUGUCCGUCUGCAUUCUCGGUGAUGCCCUUCACUGCGACCAGGCCAAGGAGAUCAGCAUGGAGUACCAGUCCGUUGAUGACUUGAAGAAGCUCAACAAGAACAAGAAGAUGAUCAAGAAGCUCGCCAAGAAGUACGAUGCUUUCCUCGCCUCCGAGGCCUUGAUCAAGCAGAUCCCCCGUCUCUUGGGACCUGGUCUCCACAAGGCCGGAAAGUUCCCCACCCCCGUCACCCACGCCGAUAACAUUGGCGACAAGGCCGACGAGAUCCGUGCCACCAUCAAGUUCCAGCUCAAGAAGGUUCUCUGCUUGGGUGUUGCUGUUGGUCACGUUGAUAUGUCUGAGGAUGAGCUCUUGGCCAACAUCAUGAUGUCGGUCAACUUCUUGGUCUCCCUUCUCAAGAAGCACUGGCAGAACGUCAAGACCUUGUACAUCAAGUCCUCGAUGAACAAGCCCGUCCGUCUUUACUAAGCGGAUGUCGUUCUCUGCUCCCUGGUGACUGUGGUCUAAACCUACUCUCUCGGUACGGCACACCAAAGUAUUAUUCACCUUACACACAUGAAAGAAUCAAUUACUGUUGGGAGCUGCAUUAACUUGCAGCAAUCAAGCCUGCUUAUUUGAUGGUUCAAAAUAAAAAAAAAAAUACAAAAAAAAAGCGGGUAUUCCUGCUUGUGCGAUGUAUGCUUC